ACAAUGACCUGUCCUGCAUUGUCAACGUCCUUUCCAUCCUGCCUUUGCUCAAAGUCGCAGAUACCAGUCGGAACAAUGGUCAAGGAUAAAGCGACCAUCUAGCAGAGACUUCGUGAUGAUUGCUGUUAAUAAUUACAGCCCUGAUAAGCGUCAGAAGUAAGAUUUAUUGAUGGCAAAACUGUUAGAGCGCCCAGUUGAUCUGUAGAGGAGGGUAGAAACCAACUGAAACUUUGGAUUGGUGGCAUAUUAUCAGCCACACAGAGAAGUAGCAGAAGUCCACCAAGCAGCAGAGGAGACAUGAUGCAACCGGUGGAGAAGAACUACGUGGUGGCCAGGCCGCUGUACUCGGAGGAGUCCUUCGCAGAGGAGCACGAAAAAAUUUACAGGCACCGCAAAACAAUACUACAGCACAUCAAGCAGUACUUCAUAUGUGAUGCUCAACGAGCAAAGAACGCUGCACUCUCCCUUCUGCCGUUUAUUGCCUGGAUGAAAAUCUACCGAAUCAAAGAGUGGCUGUUCAGUGACAUUGUGUCCGGUAUCAGCACCGGACUUGUCGCUGUCCUGCAAGGCCUAGCUUACUGUCUACUGGCCUCACUGCCUCCAUGGUACGGACUCUUCUCCGCCUUCUUCCCCGUCAUCAUUUAUUUCUUUCUGGGGACCUCCAGACACAUCUCAGUGGGUCCGUUCCCAGUUUUGUGUCUCAUGAUCGGCUCAGUGGUGACCAGGAUCGUCCCAGACGAGGGCGCGGCCCUCAACAUUACAGGGUUUGAAGGCCUGACAAGGGAUGACCAGAGAGUGCUGGUGGCUUCCACAGUGACGUUCCUUGUCGGUUUCAUGCAGCUGGCGAUGGGGAUACUGCAGGUGGGCUUUGUUGUCAUGUAUCUGUCCGACACUCUUGUGUCUGGCUUCACUACAGCAGCUGCCAUCCACAUCCUGGUGUCUCAGCUCAAGUUUGUGUUGGGUCUGCAAGUCCCGGGCAUCAGUGGACCGCUCUCCAUCAUUUAUACACUGAAGAUUAUCUUUGGAAAGAUAAACCAAACCAAUCCCUGUGAUGUGGUGAUUGCUCUGGUGAUCAUGGUGGUAGUGUUCAUCGUGAAAGAACUAAAUGACCGAUACAAAUCCAAGCUGCCUGUGCCGAUCCCCAUCGAGGUUAUCAUGACUGUCAUUACAUGUGGAGUUUCGUAUGCGUUCGACUUCAAGACUACAUACGGCAUUGAGGUGGUUGGCCAUAUUCCAAAAGGGUAUGAGUCCCCAAUGCCGCCAAACCUGCAUAUUUUCCAAGAGAUGGCAGUGGAAGCAUUUCCGAUGGCUAUAGUCGGAUUUGCUGUUGCCUUUUCUGUAGCAAAGGUCUAUUCUGUCAAACACGAUUAUACAAUAGAUGGAAACCAGGAGCUGAUCGCCUUUGGAGUCAGCAACAUCUUUGGAGCUUCAUUCAAGUCAUUUGCAGCAAGUACUGCUCUGUCUCGAAGUGCAGUGCAGGAGAGCACAGGAGGGAAGACUCAGGUGGCUGGACUACUUUCAGCGAUCAUUGUGAUGAUCGUCACCUUGGCCAUUGGAUUCUUAUUGGAGCCGUUACCAAAGUCGGUGUUGGGUGCAGUGGUCAUCGUCAACCUCAAAGGCAUGCUGAUGCAGUUCAGAGACAUCCUGUACCUGUGGAGAAGGGACAAACCAGACUGUGUGGUGUGGGUGGGUACAUGUGUGGCAUCUGUCAUCCUGGGUUUGGAUCUUGGAUUGGCUGCAGGCCUUGGUAUCGAGCUAAUCAGUGUCGUUCUCAGGGUUCAAUUCCCUCGCUGCUGUGUACUCGCCAACAUCAUGGGAACUGAUAUCUACAAAGACCGAAAGGACUUUAGCAGAAUUUAUGAGCCAGAUGGCGUGAAGAUCUUCAGGAUACCAUCACCAAUCUUCUUUGCCAACAUUGAGUUCUUUAGAAAUAAGCUUGUGGAAGCUAUUGGAUUUAACCCUUUGAGAGUGUUGAGAAAGAGAAAUAAAGCACUGAGAAUGAUCAGAAAACAUCUGAAGAAAGGUGACCUGCAAUGGACAUCAAACGGCUUCCUGAAUACAUCAUGUGGACCCUUUAAAGAAUCCGAGGAUGAGAAAAACAUAGAGGAACUGGACCAACCGACUGACUUCAAAGACCUUCCUGUCCGGAUUGACUGGAACGCCAAGCUUCCUGCCAACAUCAGUGUUCCCAGAGUAGACCUCCACAGCCUAAUCCUGGACUUCUCUGCCGUCUCCUUCCUGGACAUAUCUGGUCUGAAGGGACUCAAAACGGUGCUAAAAGAACUCAUUCGAAUUGAGGUUGAGGUCUACAUAGUGGCUUGUGAUGCUGACAUCCUGCAAAAAAUACACCACUGCUGCUUCUUUGAUGAUGAGGUUCAGCCGUCAAUCUUCUUUUUGACGCUACAUGAUGCCAUGCUGCACAUCCUCAAGAAACAUCCAGAGCCGGCACAAAAGAGGCAUUAUGAAAAGAUCAUAACAACAGUCACCGUCCACAAUCCUGGAGGCAGUUUGAGAAGCAGAGACAGAAAUGUACCAGAACGAGAAACCAAGUUCUAACUUCAGAAUGAAAAGACAAUAGUUUUCAAAGGAAACCAGAAAAAAAGUAAAUGUUUUAUGCUACUACUUCUACUGUAUAAUAUACUAUCAUGGAUAUUGUUUAGUUCAUAUAUACAAAAUCAAAUUUCCAUAUACUGUAAUGACUGCAAUGUAAGAAUAAAAUUUUUAUUUUUUUAAACGUUUAUAUUGAAUUUCUAGAAAAUCAAGGUGUAAUAUAUUUUGCAUGUAUUAUUUUGUGUUCAUGAUUGAGAAUAAACAGACUUUUUACA